CCGUUUAGGAUAGCGGACUCCCCCGACUGACUAAGCAUAGGAUUGAGCCUUCUAGAAAAAAGGGGCUCCGGAGAUGAUGGGGAUGCCGGCAUGUUACGAACGAAUCUAUCUGACUAGAUGAGCGAUUCCCGACGGUUGAGGAUUUUGUUUCAAUGACGACUGUAACACCAUUCACGACCAAGUCCCUGAUCUUGGCAUGGACCCUGAUAAUACAUCAACUGCCUCUCUUCUCCCCGGGCGAUGCAUAUGUGCGUAUGCCAUACCUGGUAGUGUGUGCGACCGCAUGGCUGCCAGCCUGCCGCUGGUUUCCGGGUAGCACAACGUCUUUCGGUACCAUUUUGAUGGGGCCAUUUCCUCGGGCGAAUCAAUUUUGGUCGACGCUUGUGGGAAGGUGAUGAAAUUUUUUGGAGUCCUGUCUAACACUAUUAUACAGUAGCGCGAGUAUGUACGACACCUGGCUUUAGCU